AUGAUCGGCGCGUUGAGUGAUCCUCCGGAACCUUUAAUUCCGAUCAAUGCCGCUGGCAACGAUAAAGAAUCAGUCAACGCCGAGAGUCAAUUCGAUGUUUCGCCUCAAUCGAUACCUAUUGAUACUAUGGGACAAAUGGCGGAAAAUGUUGACAUGUUCAUGCCAACACCGUUGAACGCUGACGCGUACCGAUAUACAUUGCCGAACUGGCGGCCUCCUCUCUACCCUAUGGUCACUCCAUAUUACGGUAAUCUACAGUACAUGAACCGAAUUAACCCUUUGAUGAAUCGUUAUUAUCCACCGUAUCCCUAUCAAAUUGCAAAUCGCUUACCUUAUUAUCCACGCGUACCUCAGUAUCCGGUCAGAACCGCCUACACUUCGAUGCCGAGUGCGUUCGUUUUGGUAGCAAAUGUAAACCCUGGGCCUCUCCUGGCUGCUCAGCCGCAUUUCUCAGACGAAUUUGCUAGGACAAAAGUAGUUCCGCUAUGCUCAGCUACCGAACUGGACAAUCCACAGACAUGUUUGAGUAGGACGUUCAAAGAUGCCACGGCUCUUCAUCAUAUCAUAGUGCAGUGUGAUAAAUACACUAUCGACACAUGCAGCGGAUAUGUGGCAGUGAACAGGGCAGACAAAGCCAUAAUGAUGGCAUACAGGGGUACGGUUGGAGAACUGCAAAUGGCGGUAGAAGGAGAGGUGACUCUGUUCGAAAACAUGACGACGUGGGUAGCUGGAGGCACUGUAUCCAAAUACUUCUACAACGCCUUCAUGUCUGUAUGGAACGGUGGUGUCAAAGACGAUUUCCUUACCAGUGCUCACAAAUAUCCAGACUACGAGCUAUGGAUUGUUGGACAUUCACUCGGCGGAUCCAUGGCUGCACUUGCUGCUUCUUAUAUUGAAAAGAUGAAGUUGUUUGAUGGAAACAAGAUAAAAGUGGUCACUUUUGGGCAACCAAGAACUGGUAACCGAGCGUUUGCAGAUACUCAUGGGGAGCAAAUUCCUUACACCUUCCGUAUCACUCACGAUCACGACAUCAUCCCUCACCUCCCAUUGAAAGACAUGAAGCAGUACCACCAUCACAAAUCAGAGGUCUAUUAUCCCAACGACAUGACAACAGCAGACUACAUCGAAUGCGACGAAGAAGAAAGUCUAGGAUGCAGUGAUCGCUAUAUCGACACAGCAUUCAAUGAUCAUCAUCGUUAUUAUAACGUAUACAUCUCCAGAUGGGGAGAAGCUGGUUGUGUCGGUGACCCUGUAAACCCUACCGGAGUUCCAUGA